UGAAGUUCACAUUCUAUCGUAAACUUCUACCCAUUGCACUUUUUCUUUUAUCUGCAAGUGGCGUUUUGAUCAUCCGGGUCAACUUCUUAUAUACAUAUAUGUAUUACUUUUCUACAAAAUUGGAGAUAGGUUGCGAAAACAAAAUUAUUGAAAAAGGAAUGUAAAAUCAUUUCCAAAAUAUCCAAAUUACAUGUAUAAUUAAACAAUUAUUAGAAUGGAAACAAAGUAUUAACAUAGAAACUAAACAAAAUAGAAAUUCAGUAUUGAAAUUAUAAACUAAGCAAAAGUAUUUGAAUAGAUGUGUAAAUAAAAAAAUAAGUAUAGAAAUCAUAAAUUACAGCAACAGAUUUACUACUUUUUUAAAUAACAGCACCAAAAAAAAAAUAAAAAAAAUAAUAGAAUAUUGAAUUGAAAAAUCAUAAAUUUAGCAUUAAAAUCUUGCUCUGAAAUGAAAAUGUAAAAAUUACAAUAUUAUGACACAGAAGUUCGUAUUAUAUCUCCUUAAAAAAAAUAACAUGAAAUAGAGCACGUGGUUUAGUUUGUUAAUGUCGUCUUCUUGCACCUCCAUAACUUGCAAGAGAUAUGAAACCUUACUGGGUUAUACCCAAUUAAAGGAAAUUCAUAAGGCAUUAUCUGUUGUUAUAAAUAGAUAUUUUACCUUGAAGUGAUAAAAUUAGCACAAUGAAAUCCGAUUGAUAUUUAUAACAUAUAUAUUCCCUUUCAAUGUCCAUUUUAUGAUAUAGAUUACACCCCCAAAAAUGUGCUUAGCAAUUAUCUGCAAUCACUAGCAUUGCAUAGUCGUCCUUUGAGUUUUAAAAUCUUUGAUGAAAAUGGUAUAUUUUAUUUUCGUAUUACUAUUUAAAGAUCUAUGCGGAAAAUCCCAGGUAUAUUUUUAGCUUAUUGACUCGACGGAGCUAGAAUGUUUAAAAAUAAGGAUGGGACUACGAUGGACAAGGUUUUUCUAUCUGAUUGUUAAUUUUUUGUCAGUUUUCGGACUGAAGUUGCCCCAACAACCUGACCCAGGCUUCCGGUAUAACUGUUGGGACCAAACCUGUACAUUUCCGAGCCAAUAUUGUGACAUUGACGAAAAACGGUGUUUAUUUUGUUCUGACGAUCUGUGCAAAUCGGGGAAUUUUCCAGAACAGUGUUACUCAUAUUGUCAAGUACUUCUAGGUGCGGAAUCAACAAGUGUGGUAACUCUUUCCGUCAACUUGACAAAAGGGUCUCAGACAUUUGACGAAAUGCCAGGUGCCCUUGAACUUGCUGUAUGGUUGAUUUUAGCCGUCUUGCUCAUAAUCCUUAUCAUCAUUGUUGUGCUUGUUAUUAUGUUCUGUCGCUCCAAACACGUACCAUCGCCAUCUGGAUACAAAUUCAUAAGCAGCCCUACAGACGCGGACGAGCCAAAACAGAUAUUAGAUGUUGAUGGAAUUUCCAAGGAAAAUGAUAUGAUCAUCAUAAAUGAAAAACAAAUGAUGUCUACAAAUAUUAUGGCACAACCAGAUAGUCAGAUAUCGAUGUCUUCGGGUAAUUCCCUCGCGUCAACUGUUACACAACCGGAAGAGGUGGGAUAUUCACGCCAGCAUGCUCACCACAUUGAAACAGAACUUCUGAAAAAUUCAUACGCGGAAGGUACAUCUACCGCUGUGGACAAUGAUAGUGGUUUUACAGAGAGCAGGCACACUACAAGUACAGUGGCACCGUCGCAGGAUUUUCCUGCUUUAAAACAAUCUUUCGCUACCAAUCAGGAGGACACACUCUUAAAGAUUUAAGAGCCAUUCGUAAUUCUCCACAACUUAAGUUUUAACAUUUCAUCUCGACUAUGGGCAUAAUUACAAUAUAGUAUAAGUGUGUUUUGUUUUGUUGUCAUGUUUAUUAUGAAUAAAUAGUUCGUAUAUUUA